CAGCAGGCGGGAUCUAGAGACCGUAGCUGUCUACCGAAGUCGGGCGGGCCGGCGCAGAGAGUAGCGUGGUCCAUCCUGUGACUGACUGACACACGCCUGGGAAAAAGUUACUCUUAGUUCGUGGACACACUGCCAACAUGUCUGGAGAUGACGAGACACAAGAGCAGACCAUCGCCGAUGACUUGGUGGUCACCAAGUAUAAGAUGGGGGCCGAGAUUGCGAAUCAGGCUCUGAAGACAGUGGUUGGGGCAGGUAUGGCAGGAGUCUCCGUGCUCAGUUUGUGUGAAAAGGGAGAUGCCUUCAUCAUGGCAGAAACUGGGAAAAUCUUCAAGAAGGAAAAAGACAUGAAGAAAGGUAUCGCUUUUCCUACUUGUGUUUCAGUUAAUAACUGUGUAUGCCACCACUCCCCUCUGAGGAGCGACUCUGACGUCAUACUGAAGGAUGGGGACAUGGUCAAAAUUGAUCUGGGUGUUCAUGUUGAUGGCUUCAUCUCCAAUGUGGCUCACAGCUUUGUUGUCGGAGUGACCAAGGACAACCCACUGACCGGACGGAAGGCUGACGUUAUCGUAGCAGCUCACCUCUGUGCUGAGGCUGCUCUGCGUCUUGUUAAGCCAGGAAACCAGAACACACAGGUCACAGAAGCUUGGAACAAGAUUGCAAAGUCAUUCAAGUGCUCCCCUAUUGAAGGCAUGCUGUCCCAUCAGCUCAAACAACAUGUGAUCGAUGGGGAGAAAACUAUCAUUCAAAACCCAACCGACCAGCAAAAGAAGGACCAUGACAAGGCUGAGUUUGAGGUGCAUGAGGUAUAUGCAGUGGAUGUGCUCAUCAGCACUGGAGAGGGGAAGGCAAAAGAUGGAGGUCAGAGGACCACCGUUUACAAACGAGACCCCAACAAGGUGUAUGGCCUAAAGAUGAAAACAUCUCGGACGUUCUUCAGUGAGAUGGAGAGGCGCUUUGAUACAAUGCCUUUCACUCUGAGAGCGUUUGAGGAUGAAGGCAAGGCCAGGAUGGGCGUGGUGGAGUGUGCCAAACAUGAGCUGCUGCAGCCAUUCAACGUACUGCAUGAGAAAGAGGGUGAAACUGUUGCCCAGUUCAAGUUCACUGUGCUGCUCAUGGCCAAUGGACCUCUGCGAAUCACAAACAGCCUCUUUGAGCCAGAACUCUACAAGUCUGAGCAUGAAGUGGAGGACGCAGAGCUGAAGGCUUUGCUUCAAAGCUCAGCCAGCCGUAAGACUCAGAAGAAAAAGAAAAAGAAGGCCUCAAAGACUGUUGAGAGUGCAACUGGACAGGCAAUGGAGACUGAAGCUGCAGAAUAGAUUUCUCUGACAGACCUCUGAUGACCCAAAGAACAGACGUCACGAAUCCUUCUGUCCCAGCUGUCUGAGGCACUUGCGGGCGUAGUCGCUGUGAAUACCUCUGAAUCUAACUGAUGUCAGUCUGGGAUGAUGCUGCUCCUAAAUUCUGGCACUCCACCUAUAGAACACACACACACACACACGCAAACACAUCCCUAGUAAAUAAAACUCUUUGAUACAGCCUUUUUCUCAUAACAGUGGCCAAGAGGAUAUUUUGUGCAAGGGGAUAAUACUCACUGGGACAUUUAACAAUUUGACUGACCCUUUCUCCAUAAUAACUGUAGAUACAACUGAAAGAUAUUGAAAAUAAAUGAGUUUAUAGUUGCCAAGGAUGAAUUUCCUUGGGGUCAUAGACCUGAAGCCAUGCUUUUUGUUGUCAUGGGAUAAAUUUAUAACACCUGUAUGAAGUUAUAAGCAAGACAUUGGUCAUUAAUACUUUUCACUUCAGCACAAUUACUGCAUUUAUACUGUUCUCACUAAGGUCUGUCUACUUGUACAUUGUGUACACUUCUAGGAAUCUACUGUAGGUUACUCAGCUAACUAAAACUGACAAUUUACGACAUAUUGGUUGAGUAAUUUAACUGGUAAAAAAUGAAUUUCUCAGUUGUGGAUGGUCAAACUCCUGCCAAGGAUUCAGCAUUCAGUCUUGUGGUGGUCUGACAGUCUGUGUUUACAUAAGAAUUCCAUACCUGUGAGAUAUAUGGAUGCUUUUGUAAAACAAAUCCCAAUUUCAGAGACUAUUUUUGGAAACAUUAAAAAGCCACCUGACAUCA